UUUGGGACCAUGUCGGCGGGAUCCUGGGGCAGAUCAAUGUGGCGCGCAACAUGGAUUUUAUUUUUCUCGUCUCUCAUCCGCUCCACGCCAGCUCAAGAUGAUGUGCCGCCGUACUUUAAAACGGAGCCAGUGCGAAGUCAGUUGCACCUGGAGCGUAACAGGCUGGUGUUGACCUGUAUGGCAGAGGGCAGCUGGCCCCUAGAGUUCAAAUGGAUCCACAACAACACGGAGCUGACGCGUUUUUCACUGGAGUACAGAUACCUAAUACCCUCUCUGGACCGCUCGCAUGCCGGGUUCUACAGAUGUAUCGUCAGGAACAGAGUGGGGGCACUGCUGCAGAGACGAACAGAAGUCCAGGUGGCAUUCAUGGGCAGUUUCGAGGAGGGCGAGCGUGCUCAGUCCGUCUCCCAGGGCGACGGAGCAGUGAUCCCCGCUCCACGGAUCCGGAGUUAUCCACAACCUCAGGUCACAUGGUACAGAGACGGACGCAAGAUCCCUCCCAGCAGCCGAAUUGCAAUUACUCUGGACAACACACUGGUCAUCCUGUCUGCGGUGGCUCCAGACGCAGGACGAUACUAUGUCCAAGCUGUAAACGACAAGAACGGAGAGAACAAGACCAGCCAGCCCAUCACCUUAUCUGUGGAGAAUGUGGGAGGCCCCGCUGACCCCAUCGCUCCAACUAUAGUGAUCCCGCCGAGGAAUACGAGUGUGGUGACAGGAACAUCGGAGGUUACUAUGGAGUGUGUGGCCAAUGCAAGGCCUUUGAUCAAACUGAGCAUCACGUGGAGGAAAAACGGCGUGAUCGUGAACACGGGUCUGAGCGAUUUUAGCCGCAGACUGACCAUCCUGAGCCCCCUGGUGAGCGACGCCGGGUACUACGAGUGUGAGGCCAUUCUCCGCAGCAGCAGCGUGCCUUCUGUCAGCGCUGGAGCCUAUCUGCACGUGCUGGAACCACCCCAGUUUGUAAAGGAACCUGAGAAGCACAUCACCGCGGAGAUGGAGAAGGUGGUGGAUAUUCCCUGUCAGGCCAGAGGGGUCCCACAGCCCGACAUGGUUUGGUACAAAGACGCUGCGCCCAUCGACCCGGUAAAGACGCCCAGGUACAGAGUGCUAGCGGGGGGGAGUCUACAGGUGAACGGCCUCCUGCCUGAUGACACGGGAAUGUUCCAAUGUUUCGCUCGGAAUGGGGCCGGAGAGGUGCAGACCAACACAUACCUGGCUGUAACAAGUAUCGCUCCGAAUAUUACGGCCGGACCCUCGGACAGCACCGUGAUCGAUGGGAUGUCGGUCAUCUUACACUGCGAGACAUCCGGAGCCCCCCGGCCGGCGAUCACCUGGCAGAAAGGUGAGCGCGUGUUAGCCAGCGGAUCUGUGCAGCUACCCAGGUUUACGUUGCUGGAAUCGGGAAGUCUGCUGAUCUCGCCCUCCCAUAUCUCGGACGCCGGGACCUACACGUGCAUGGCCAGUAACUCCAGGGGGAUCGACGAGGCCUCCGCUGACCUCGUGGUGUGGGCUCGAACCCGCAUCACCACCCCCCCUCAGGAUCAGAGCGUUAUCAAAGGCACCAAAGCAGUUCUGACCUGCGGAGUGACCCACGACCCCAGUGUUUCUGUCAGACACGUUUGGGAGAAGGAGGGCGUGGUCAUAAACGUCCAGUCUAUUCCGAGGAUGAAGCUGGACACGGACGGGACGCUGCACAUUUCCCAAACCUGGUCCGGAGACAUCGGGACCUACACCUGUAGAGUCACGUCUGUGGGAGGGAACGACUCUCGCAGCGCCCACCUAAGAGUCAGGCAGCUGCCCCAUGCUCCGGAGAAUCCCACGGCCGUGCUGAGCGCCUCGGAAAAGAGAGCCAUCGACCUGAACUGGAACAAGCCUUUUGAUGGGAACAGUCCCCUCAUCCGCUACAUCCUGGAGGUGUCGGAGAACAACGCUCCGUGGGCCAUCCUGCUGGCUAACAUCGAGCCGGAGUCCACGGCGGUGACGGUGAACGGGCUCAUCCCUGCUCGCUCCUAUCAGUUCCGCCUCUGUGCCGUUAACGACGUGGGAAAGGGACAGUUCAGCAAAGAGACGGAGAGAGUCUCGUUGCCAGAGGAACCGCCGAGCGCUCCUCCCCAAAACGUCAUCGCGAGCGGACGCACAAACCAGUCCAUCAUGAUCCAAUGGCAGCCUCCUCCUGAGAGUCACCAAAAUGGCGUCCUACGAGGCUACAACGUCAGAUAUCGUUUAACAGGGCUGCCUGUGGACUACCAAAUCAAAAAUAUCACCAGUCCAGAUGUUACAAACCUGUUACUGGAGGAUCUCAUCAUUUGGACAAACUAUGAGAUUGAAGUAGCUGCUUACAAUGGAGCGGGUCUGGGCACGUUUAGCCAUAAGGUGACUGAGUGGACACUACAAGGAGUGCCAACCAUCGCCCCCGGCAACGUCCAAGCCGAACCGGUCAACUCCACCACCAUUCGUUUUACAUGGACAGCCCCAAACCCUCAGUUCAUCAAUGGCAUCAACCAGGGCUACAAGCUACUGGCCUGGGAGCCGGGGAGAGAACAAGACGUUUCCAUGGUAACUGCGCGACCCAACUUCCAGGACAGCGUACACGUGGGGUAUGUGACAGGCCUCAAGAAGUUCUCCGAGUACUACACCUCUGUACUCUGCUUCACCACACCCGGAGAUGGACCCCGAAGCACUCCCAAACUACUCAGAACUCACGAAGACACUCCGGGCCCGGUCGGACAUCUUAGCUUUACGGAAAUCUUGGACACGUCCCUCAAAGUGAGCUGGAGUGAACCCAGUGAGAAGAAUGGAGUUCUUACAGGCUACCGUAUUUCGUGGGAGGAGUUCAACCGCACCAAUACCAGAGUGACCCACUAUAUGCCAAACGUCACUCUGGAGUACCGGGUAACGGGUCUCACCGCGCUCACCACCUACACCAUCGAAGUGGCUGGGAUGACCUCCAAAGGGCAGGGUCAGCUGUCAUCCUCCACCAUCUCCUCUGGGGUGCCCCCCGAGCUGCCCGGGCCACCCACAAACAUCGCCGUCUCCAACACGGGCCCUCGCUCCGUCACCCUGCAGUUCAAACCGGGCUACGACGGCAAAACCUCCAUCUCACGCUGGCAGGUGGAGGCGCAGGUGGGAGCGACAGGAGAGAAUGACGAAUGGGUCAUGGUGCACCAGGUUUCAAAUGAACCAGAUGCCCGAUCUUUGGUGGUCCCAGGACUCAACCCUUUCACGUUUUAUCGAUUCCGGAUGCGUCAGGUGAAUAUCGUGGGAGGCAGUCUUCCGAGUCAACCUUCCAGGAAAAUCCAGACGCUCCCAGCCCCUCCAGACAUGGCUCCCGCGAAUGUGACACUGAGAACGGCCAGUGAGACGAGUCUGUGGCUGCGUUGGAUGCCUUUGCCUGAAUGGGAGUACAAUGGAAACCCGGAGCUGGUGGGGUACAGGAUCCAAUACUCGCGGUCGGGGUCGUCGGGUCGCGCUCUGACCCACGUGAUCGCCGACCGUUUGGAGAGAGAGUUUACCAUCGAAGACCUGGAGGAGUGGACCGAGUACGAGGUCAGAGUUCAAGCCAUCAACGGCAUCGGGACGGGCCCAUGGAGCCAGCCGGUCAGGGGCAGAACCAGGGAGUCGGUCCCCUCCUGUGGUCCGACCAACGUCUCUGCCUUUGCCACCACAUCGAGCAGCAUCCUGGUGCGGUGGUUUGAAGUCCCCGAACCCGAUAGAAACGGCCUUAUCCUGGGCUAUAAGGUGGUGUACAAAGAGAAGGAUGCAGAUAACGGCGUACAUUUCUGGACAGUGGAAGGAAACGCCACCCACAGUGUACAGCUCACCGGCCUCGGAAAAUACGUGCUCUACGAGAUACAGGUUCAAGCUUUUACGCGGAUUGGAGAUGGACGACCGAGCUCCCCUCCCAUACUAGAGCGGACACUGGAUGAUGUGCCUGGGCCUCCGGUGGGGAUCCUGUUUCCCGAAGUGCGGACCACUUCAGUACGUCUCAUUUGGCAGUCCCCGUCACAACCCAAUGGCAUUAUUCUAGCCUAUCAGAUCACCUACCACCUGAACUCCACCCACAGUAAUGGAGCCACGGUGGAUGUCCUGAACCCGAGCGCUCGCCAGUACACCGUCACGAGCCUCAAACCCGAGUCCGUCUACGUGUUCAGGAUCACGGCCCAAACUCGGAAAGGCUGGGGGGAGUCUGCAGAGGCCCUGGUGGUCACUACUGAGAAGAGAGCCCGCCCCCAGCCCGCCAGUCGCCCCACGGUGCCCCAAAAGGACGUCUCGGCUCGACAGGUGCUGCUGACCUGGGAGCCUGGCAGUGAUGGUCUGUCCCCUGUCCGAUACUACACCGUCCAGCUCCGAGAACUGCCCGAGCACAACUGGACUGUCCACUCCGCCUCGGUCAACCAUGAAGCCUCCUCCUACAUAGUCACAAAGCUGAAGCCGUUCACAUCUUACCAGUUCAGAAUCAAAGCCACCAAUGACAUUGGAGACAGUGAAUACAGCGAGGAGAGUGACGCCAUCACGACUCUGCAGGAUGCUCCAGACGAGGCUCCCAGCAUCCUCUCUGUCACGCCGCACACAACCACGUCCGUGCUGAUUCGCUGGCAGCGACCGGUGGAAGAAAAGAUCAAUGGGAUUCUCCUCGGGUUUCGGAUCAGAUACCGGGAGCUCUUGUACGAUCGUCUCCGUGGUUACUCCAUUCGUAGUAUCACCACUUCCUCAUCCUGGGCUGAGCUUAAUGCGCCUUACAGCAUCCGGAAUCUGAGCGAUCCGACGAUGACGCAAUUCGAGCUGGACAAGCUGAGCAAACACAAGCGCUAUGAGAUUCGGAUGUCUGUGUACAACGCAGUGGGAGAGGGGCCCAGCAGUCCCCCUCACGAGGUUUUCGUCGGAGAAGCAGUUCCCACUGCUCCACCCCAAAACGUAGCCAUCCAAUCCGCCACCGCCACCCAGCUGGACGUGAUGUGGGACCCCCCUCCAGUCGACGCCCAGAACGGGGACAUCCAAGGCUACAAGGUUUACUAUUGGGAGUAUCAGCGUAAAAAUGAGACGGAGAGAUUGCGGACGCUAUUCAUGCCGGAGGGAGGGGUGAAACUGAAGAACCUGACGGGGUAUACCACCUACAUGAUCAGCGUGGCUCCUUUCAACGCCGCAGGGGACGGACCGCGCAGCCAACCCACUAGAGGGCGCACGCAACAAGCAGCCCCCAGUGCCCCCAGCUUCAUCCACUUCAGUGAGCUGACCACCACCUCAGUCAACGUGUCCUGGGGAGAACCCACCUACCCCAACGGCAUCAUCGAAGGCUACCGGCUCAUCUACGAGCCCUCCACUCCCAUCGAAGACUCCUCGGUGGGCUGUGGAGACUGUCUGCACUCCCCCUCACCUCCAGGUGUCAGUAAAACAGUGACAGUGGACGUGAAAGGGACCGGCCCACUGUGGCUCAAACUGAGAGAUCUGGCUGAAGGGGUCACGUACAACUUCAGGAUCAGGGCCAAAACCUUCAUCUAUGGACCGGAGGUGGAGGCCAACAUCACCACAGGACCAGGAGAAGGAGCCCCAGGACCCCCCGGAGAGCCGUUCAUCACUCGUCAUGGUUCAGCCCUAACGAUCCAGUGGAGCAGUGGAGAUCCAGGACGAGCACCCAUCACCCGCUACGUCAUAGAAGCUCGCCCAUCGGAUGAGGGUCUUUGGGAUAUUUUGAUUAAAGACAUCCCACGAGAGGCCACUUCCCACACGUUUAACAUGGACAUUCUGAAACAAGGCGUCAGCUACGACUUCAGGGUCAUUGGAGUGAACGACUACGGCUACGGCUCGCCCAGUCUGCCCUCCCCCUCCAUCUCCGCCCAAAAAGUUCCUCCAUUUUACGAGGAGUGGUGGUUCCUGGUUGUCGUGGCGCUGGUCGGACUCAUCUUUAUUCUGCUGCUCGUCUUCAUCCUCAUUAUAAGAGGCCAGAGCAAGAAGUACGCCAAGAAGUCCGAGUCAGUGUCUCUGUACGUGUGUCCAGGAAACAACUCCAACUGUAACGCCCUGACCCACGGGGACAUGGUCAGCCUGGACGAGGGACGCUUCCCCGCCCUUGAGCUCAACAACCGCCGCCUGUCUGUCAAAAACUCCUUCUGUCGCAAGAACGGAGUCUACACCAGGUCACCUCCAAGACCAAGUCCGGGCAGUCUCCACUAUUCCGAUGAAGACGUCAGCACAAAAUACAAUGACCUCAUCCCGGCGGAGAGCAGCAGCCUCACGGAAAAACCAUCAGAAAUCUCAGACUCUCAGGAGGCGCUGGUGUUUUCAUAUGGGACAGGUGGCCUACAUACACUUCCACUGCAUUUGGGGAGCGACAGCGAGUACGAGGUGGACCCCAACCGCCAGAAGACCCACUCCUUCGUGAACCACUACAUCAGCGACCCAACUUACUACAACUCGUGGAGGCGUCAACAGAAGGGAAUAUCGCGAGCACAGGCUUACAGCUACACCGAAUCUGAAUCUGGAGAACCGGAGCACUGUGCCCCUCCUCCUCUGCCCCCGCUCCCACCUCUGCCCCCCCAGCUCAGCUCCCCCACCCCCCAGCCCCCCCAGCCGCAGGCCCAGGGGCAGCCUCAGGGCCAGGGCACCCUUUUUAGACCCAAAGGCAGCCGGACUCCCACCCCGUCCCAGCAGAGCGCCAAUCCGCCCAGCCAGCACAGCACCCUCUACAGGCCACCCAGCAGCCUAGCACCCGGCUCGAGGGCACCCAUUGCUGGUUUUUCCUCCUUUGUUUGAAAAGCAACAAUUUGGACUUUUAGGUUUUGUGGAAAUACUGAGGAAUGUCUUUGGGAAGUCAACACAAUCAAGUCAUUUGCCUUUGUUUUAUAUACAGUAUCAUUCUUUCUUUUUUAAGUUUUGUCGCAAGCAGUAAUUUUAUAAGCCUAGUUUUUGUGGUACACUUUUACAGUAGAGUUUGAGUUUUUCUACCAUUUUUUUGUUAGCAACAUUUUUAUAUUUUUACUUUGGUCUUGCAUGAGUUUGUUUUUCUAGUACUAAUUUAUAAUACCUACAUCUUAAUUAGCCUUAACGAAGCAUGAACAAAGACCUGUUCCUGGUUUUUACUGUGUAAAAACAUGAAAAACAACUAGUUCAUUUUAAACAGUUUGCAGUGGUCCAAAGUUAUUCCUCACUUACUUUAUGCAUUCUGAGCAUC